GAGGGCCUAUCACUUUUGUUUCGUGACUUAGGGUACUUUUUUUUUUUUGCGUAGCGCUUAGGUAUUGCGAGCCACAUCUUGCCGCAAAGAGUGUGUGUGGUCGCACCCUUUAGGUCGUUUUUGAAACUUGCUCGCGCGUUUUCGUCACCGAGGUCUGCAGUGCCGGCGCCGCCAUGUCUACGAACAGCGUCGUUCUCCGGGCGCCCGUUGUGGAGGAAAUCGAAGCUGAAUCGAGUGGGUUUGCCCAAAGCGCCGUCACCACGGAUCCCGUCCAAGUUCAUCACCCCGAACCGUUCCCCCUACCACAGGUGAACAUGAGCGAAGGCCGCCUAGUGGCGACACCAAGCGGCGAGCAGGGCGUCCUCACCCUGGGCGCCGAGAAAGGCCUCGGCAAGAGCGGCCUCACCGUCAGCAUUGUCGUGGAGCCGGUCGAUCCAUCGGCCGCGUCCUGCGUCGACGAUGACCCCUACACCUGCAAAACACCCACACCUGCCGAGGAAGACAUGGUGCGAAGCCUAAUCAUGAAUGCCGAGCUGCGUAAGGAGGAGUUUGCCAAGUUGCUCGAAGAGCACGCCCAGAUCGUCAUGGAGAUCAACAAGGCCGAGAACAGCCUCGCAUAGCCGGUGAUGGCCAGAGUUUCUCCACUAUCUACCGCCACCAUUGCCACCUCCGCCGCCAGCGCCACUCUGCGGCCGUCGCAGAGCCACCACCUAGGCCACCGUAGCACCACCGGACGUCCGGCCCUUGUCUCCCACAAGAAGCCGCGGCAGAAGGCAGCCUGCUAGAAGGACGUCUCGUCACAGACCGUUUGUUUCCCCUUAGCGGCUGUGGUGUUCUUAAAUAAGAAACCCUGGGCUCUGUAGCGGGGGACAUUUGUUAACUAGCACACCUGCGGUGUUGAGUUGAGGUACAGGCGCAUUUCCAAGCGCAUCGGCACGUCUUGUUCCGUUCUGAGACUAACUUUGCACAGUGAGGGUUGGCUGUUAGUAGUCGCACUUUUCUAUAGUUAACAGGCGGACAUGGUGGCUUCCCUUCGAUUUUAUUUUUUAUUUGUUUUUUUUUCAAUUCAAAAUUUCCUAGGUGGCCGUAACUUGUGAAUACUAGAUACUUCCGAGUACUCUUCCUUUCGCUAUAGGUGCUAGUACUAAUUGGCCCAGAACAGUGUCGUGUGCACAAUCGUUACUCCUUACUUUAGUAACAGGCGCAACACUUGCAGGCAGCAUUUUAUCUGCGCCGUCAACAUAACAUGACCCACAGCGAACCCACUGGACACGGAGAGAAAGGCGGUAGCCUUCCGUUAAGUGAACGCGAUAGUCUGCUGCCGCCGUGUGCAAAACGUAGCCUUGCGUUGAGUGAAAGCAACAGUCUGUUGCCGCCGUGUGCAAAACGUACCAUGAUAACCCACUGUUUAAAAGCAAUGGCUGCGGCAAACGCAAACGAGCGCUCUACUGUCGUCUGUGCGAUGUUCUGCAGCGCACUAGCUAUAGCCAAUCCGUCUGCACUCGCGUCGUAGGAAGCCAGAUGUUCGCACAAUCUUAAAUGGGUGAUGACCUCUUGACGCACUUUGCGCGCAGGUGCGCAGCUUUGAUCAGAAGAAACACAUUUGCACCCGAAUAGAGCACAUUCAUUUGUGAUAAGUUACCGGGUGUGAAAAAUGAAGGGAACACUAUAGCUUGUUUGCGCUGAGAGUGGUUGGCGUUCGCGAUUGGACUCAAAGUAUCAGGAACUUGCAUUUUUUUGCGCGAGUAACAGACGACAUUCUCCAUCGAUGUCGGGCCGUUCACGUCGUCUGGCACUGAUGUCGUGACGUCCUUUGCUUUCGUCUGCAUCGUUACGUUGCCAUAUGUAAUUGCAAGUCAUCGCGACGCGUUAGUUUCUCUGGCGCUGUCCGGCACUCGUAAUUGCGCGUCGAGAGAAUUGCAAAACUUAGUCGGCAAUUUAUUAGAAGAUUGUCGCGUAUUUCUCGCCAGAGGAAGCCUGAAUUGAGUGUAUGCAGAUGAGUUCACCCCCCUCCUCUUUCGUCGCCGUAUCUACGAAAAUAUUUAGGUUGUUCACAGGUGGAACAUGUGGGCCGGUUACAUUGUGUUUACACACGGAUAACUUUGGUUUCGCGGGCACAAAUCUCUAUUCGUGCCCUCGAUACUCUUGUCAGAAGGUAGCAACCAUGCACGCACCCCUUUUUUGUCGCAAUCUUAUCAUCGCUGAUAAGCAGCAGCACCAUGAGUGUAUUCCACGCGACUGCUAUCCUCGAAUCUGCGAUAAAUAACCUCCUAUCCGAAGGCGCAAGCCAGUUUACACAGCCGGCGCAUUAUUGUGCUGACCUAUCGACUGCGAACCUUUCCAUGACGUCAAGCUAGUUUCAACCGAGUCUAGGAAAUGUCAACGUCUUUUGAGGACGUUCAGUAAUUCAUUUGCAAAGCAUGCGAAUGCUGUUCUUCUCUUCAAACGGCCACAAUCACAUUCAGAUUCUGCAGGCGUCGCUGGCUAAUCGUUUUAUUUUUUUUUUUUCGUUUGGAGUUUUUUCGGAGUAUACUUUGUCCUCUGAAGCCAGGUGUUGUUUACUUGGUUUUGCUUCGCGUUUUGGCCGCCAGGGCGCUUCAUAUCAUUUUGCCUCCAGGGAACACGGAGGCUGAUAACCGCAAUUUCUUAAGUCGUCGCAGGGGUACAAAACGGGCACACCAUUUAAGCCCUGUCCUUGCUGCGAACUUCUCGAAACGAGACGUGUCGGUCCUGCACCACGUAAUGCUCAGGCGUUGUAUUUAAAGCGGCACAAAUGUGAUGUUCUCGUGAGCUGUCCGGAUGACGAAGGUUGCAGAUUUAUAUACAUAUAUUUUUCAUCUCUUCCUCCUUCGUGCCGGACCCCUGUUCAGCUGUUUCGUGCGAUUACCUUGGUUGUCACGUGUGCGUUUGUUUCGUUCAAAAUUAUUGUAUUUUCUUCUACUUUGCCGCUUUUGAAAACUAUGGUUGUGCGCUCUGCGAGAUUUCCUUGGUGUUCGGUAGCGCUCUUGUAGCUGUGUACAUAGCUUUACAAAAGUUGUAAGCCGUCUGUUGUACAUUUCCUUCAUUUUAAUCUUUUAUGUUGUUUUUUUCCGAUGUAGCGGAAACGGCGUCCGGCCGUGUUCACCGUACUCGUAUAGAUAGAUGUUCUAUAGAGGCGUCAUUUCUAUUUUCUGAAUAUAUUUUUUAUUCAUUUUGGCCUCUGUGGUAACCAGCGUGUGUGCAACAUGUCAACAUUUGUGAUGUCAAACGGUUAAAAAAGCGAUGCUUGUGUAAAGUGAUGUUCGUGCUGUAUUAUUUAUGUGCACAACCAGUAGAAUCAUGACAGAAGUCCGUGGCUUUCUACGGAGGUGACCAUUUUACUUUCUUGCUGCCUUGCCGCGCGUCCUUUGCAUAUAUAUAUAUAUAUAUAUUUGGAAUGCGGAACUGUUGUCACUGUUUCAUUAGAGAUAUGCAGCAUAGCGGAUACGUUUACUAGUCGUUUAGCCUAUACGUUUAUUAAAGCUUGGGGGGGGGGGGGGGGAGGGAGGCAUACCACAGUGGCAGCACCUUGGGACACUAUGAUAGGCUAUGACACGCUAGAAAACACUUCGUAUUGUACAAUUACUCUCUCCUGGAAACACCCAGAAGAGCAUUCGGGGUGAUUAUUUGCAAGCAGACGACUCGGUCGCAACGGUCACUAACAAUGUGCGCUGUCGUCCAACACCGCGUAGCCAGGUGGCGCCACUGGCUACGCCACUGGCUUCGGCCGCGUUCCGGUAUUUGCCAGCGCCCGCAAUAACGUCUCCGCUGUGCUGGAACUCUACAAAUAUUUGCGCGCUUGCACUACGUGGUGUGCGAACACUCGCAUUUGGCCGCCGAAAUGGUGUACCGCUUUGGUGCGUGGGGUUGACAGGGGUGUCUCGAAAAACCGUUUUGCAGAGGUCGUGUGAUUUUGCGAGACGCGGUGGAGUCCGUAGCGAAGAAGCAAGCUCGGUGGGUGAACAGUUCCAGUUAUGUUUCGCGCAGGCAGCAGGCGCCGUUUCUUAGUCUAUAUUGUUUAACUCGACGCGCGUGUGAGAAUUUAACUUCCUGAAAUCUAUUCUAUCAGUUUCUGUAAGUCUUUGUUUUUUCUGUUCCUUGUUUCGUCACGCGUGACGAUGAUGUUGUCUGCUAGGAAACUUCGUCGUGUAUGAUGUGAACUUUCAAAUUCCCCGUAAGGUACCCUGCUAUGCGCCUGACUCGCGGGAAUCGUGGCGAGAAUAUAAAAAGAAAAAGCUUCAAGCAGGGAUGGUCUUUCCGGAUACCGAGCGCGCCUUGUCCCUCGCCGCAGUUCUCGGAAUUUCGAGCUGGAUUUCCGCUUCGUCGCGUGCUUGCCCCGACGCAAAAAGUUCAUUCUCUUGAAACAAAUCAAAUUCGUGCUCGAGAACAAUUAACUUGCCUCGAGCGCGUUUUCUGGCCACUGACAUUUAAUGGCUAAGGUUCAGACGCAGCAUUUGAGUUGACUUAGAGGAAAUGACGUUCGUUAAAUUUAGGUCGGCUACUGCGUCAUGGUCUACCAUUAGAUUUCCACUGAAGAACAACGAACGCAGUGCAGCUUGUCCGUAAAAAAAAAGAAAAAAAAACUAGGAAAGUUGGAACUUUACGGGGUAUUUAACUUUUCACAUCGUCGUUGCCAGAGUGCGAAGGGUCGUUCAACUUUCACGCUGUGUAAUUUAUGCUCUGUCCUCAUUGUUAUUUAAGUGAGAAACAAAACCAAAGCGAGCUGUGUGUGUGUUUCACGCACAGUUCAAUAGCAGCGAAUGUGAUGAUGUAUCCGUACGAGAAGCCUGUUUUGUAUAGACUUUGCGUUUGUUUAUAGGUAUGUAUCUUGUGAUUUCCUGUUUAUACAUAAAGUGUCUUGACACCCACA